AUGAUGUUUGUGUCCUGGUCAGAUCAGAACAACAUUCUCAUCUACAGGACGUUUGAAGACUUUAGGAAAUUCCAUAAAGAGCUGAAGAGAAAAUUCCCCACUGACAAUGGGUCACUGAGGAGUUUACCCAGGUUUAAAGGAAUAACUAUGCAGCAGAGGAAGGGUGGCAAGCUGAACAGGUGCCUGGAGAUCCUGAAACUGCUGGAAACCUAUUCCCAGGAGCUGCUGAAAACUGAUGUGAAAAUCUCCCGGGGUGAAGAGGUGAUUCAGUUUUUCAAGGCACAGACUCAAGACCUCGAUCCCUCCUUCCCUGAAAACAGUGCUGUGAUCAUGCCAUCAGUGUUCAGGAGGGAGAAGAGCCCCCGGCCCCUCUCCAUCACCCUCCCUCAGGCGUCGCAGAGCUACCGCUGCAUCGAGGCCUUUGAAACCAAAGACACAAAGAACAAACCCUUUACAGUGGCUCAGGAGGAGAUUGUGGAAGUGCUCAUCAAGGACAUGACUGGCUGGUGGCUGGUGGAAAAUGCAGACAAGCAGAUAGCCUGGUUCCCAGCCUCAUACCUGGAAGAGCUUGAUGCCUGUGAGGACAUCCAGAAUGACUUCAGCUCAGAUGAGGAGGGUAGUCUGUAUUUUGUGGUGCAGGCCUAUGAGGCCCAGAAGGCAGAUGAGCUCUCUCUGAACCAGGGGGUGGUCGUGGAGGUGCUCAGGACGUCCCACAAUGGCUGGUGGCUGAUCAGGUACAACGGCUGCACUGGCUACAUGCCCUCGCUGUGCCUCCGGCCCUACCAGAACCCUCACCACAGGCUCCAGAGCAUCCUGAGCUGCAGCCGGCACACCUGGCUGGAUUUGGGCCUGGACAGCUCCUCCCUGAGCUCGGGCAGCAGCAGCAGCAGCGCCGGGAACGCCCGGCUGGCCUGGACACCCCAAUUGUCUCGGUCCCUGCCCGAGGUGGAGCCGGCCAGGAGCUCUCCCGGCCCGAGCCACGAGCUGGGCACACACAGCAGCAAAUCCCCAGAGCUCGGUGCCAGGGACAGGAACGACUCCGGCUUCGUGGAGCCCUCCACAGCCGCGCCAGCCGCGGGCGUCCCCAGGGUGCCAGCCCGUCCCUCAGCCCAGGAGAUCCUGCAGCGCUGCAGCACCGUCACCAAGCGAGCUGUGCAGCACUCGGCCCCCCGGCCGGCCCUCCCGGACCCCAGCCAGCGUUAG